CCUCCAGGGAACCAAGAGAAAGGUGAUAUGGGUUUAGGAGCAGUGCCUGGGCGCCAGCCUGAAUUCCGGGAAGGUGUGGCUUUGGCUGUGAAGUAUGCCAAAGAACUGAAAUGUCCAAGGAUCCAUCUUAUGGCUGGCCGAUUUCCUACAGGUGCUAAAAGGGAUGCUGCAUCAACUGAGAUGGAAGCUACCUUUAUUGAAAACCUCAGAUAUGCUGCUGACAUCUUGAAACAAGAAAAUCUGAUUGGAUUACUGGAGCCUAUUAAUAACCAGAUUAGUGAUCCCAAUUAUUUUUUGACCACACCACAGCAAGCUGCUGCCAUUUUGGAAAAGGUAGGACGACCCAGUUUGAAGCUACAGUUGGAUAUUUUCCACUGCCAGAUCAUGAAUGGUAAUCUGACACAGAAUUUAAAGAGAUAUUUCCCAAUUAUUGGACAUAUUCAAAUUGCCCAAGUACCAGAACGGCAUGAGCCUGAUAGCCCUGGAGAAUUGAACUUCCAUUACUUAUUCCAGUUACUGGAGUCAAUGAAUUAUAGUGGUUAUAUCGGCUGUGAAUAUAAACCAAAAGGUAACACAUUGGAUGGAUUAAGCUGGCUGUACGCGUACUGGGAAGAUCAUUGUGUGUGAAAAGUUGGAAAAAACUGAAAUAAAAUCCAUUACAGAUGGAGUAACCAACAGCAGCAACUGCCGUAUUCUUCCCAGAGGGAAGAACCACUUUUUUGCUACUGCCUGAGCUACCAAAAGCAUCCCAUUAUUUUACAUUAAUAGGACGAUAUUUUUUAGUGAAGUAAGAUGCUCAAGUAUGCUUGUUUUUACCUGGAUUAAAGCUGAAAAUUAUGUC